CAGCUCACACCAGCCUUGAUUUUUUACUCGGCUUAAGUAAUACUUCGCACAGAUUCUAGUCUAGUUCUGGUCAAAAUUGUACGUUGUAUUCGAUACGAGGACAGAGACAAAAGUAAAGCCCCAUUCAUCAUGCGUAUCGAUUUGAAAGCACUGCUAUUGAUUUCCAUGUCCACUGCUCCGGAUCACGUUGUUCAUAUGAGAAAGCGCAUAAAAUGCGGCAAAGUGAGCUAUCUGGUGAGAUAUGAACUCCAGAGUGGCCACUUGACCAUCCGGCAGGUCAAGCGAAGCCGCACCACACCCACCCUGACCAUGCGACUCCGGCAACGUCGUCGUCGCCUGCAAAGGAGAUUGAAACGUGGAAUCACUAGCUUAGAUACUGGAUCUCAGACCUCGCAGUCCAGCCAAUCCAUAGCCGUUGGAACGGAUAAGCCGAACCACAAAUCCAUUGCUGUGGGCACAUCCAUCCCUGGAAGUAACUCCAAGUCCAUGCAGGCAGAACAUUCAACCGCUGACGCGGCCACAGAGACUCGAAGUCAGGAACGCAAAACUGUAGCGGUGGGAACAGAGUAUAUAGAUAUAAGACACUGUUCGGUAGCCAGUGGUAACCAGGCUGUACAAUUGGAAACCUCGGCCAGUCAGACGCCCUGCCGAGAGUGGGCCAUCAGUCAGGUGGAUACCUUCGAUCUCAUCCUGACCAUGUCCAGGGAUCAGCAGACCCUGAACCCCGAUACUCAGAGCUCAGUGUGCCAGACCGAAGAGCAAGUUCAGAUGAGUUGCGCCACCCAGGUGGAGGUCAAGUCCAAGAGUAGCACCACUCAGACGAAUUUCCGCAGCUCCAGCACUGCAACCCAAACGGCCCUCUGUCACUUUACCAACUCUAGUGUCCAAACCGUUUCCGAGUGUCAGCAUGUGGUCACACAGACCUUCGACGACGAGGAUGUCAUGAUCAGGCCGCACGUUCAGGCCUUGUAUUUAAUCCACAAUUCGAUCAAGAAUCAAAACGACAUUAUCCACAAUGAAGUGCUCGAGGCCAUUAAUCAGCUAAUGGAUGUUACUUUGCUAGGAUUCAAGAAGCGAUGUUGGGAGGAUGAAACGUCCUUUGGAUUAAAAAAGUCUGUCAGGUUUAUGGAUCAAUAUGAAGGCUCUACCUCAGAUGCUAUGAUAUCAUCUACUGAACAGCAGAAAGAAACACAGGAUUUAAAAGCAAAGGAGACGGAGCUCAAAGAACCUACUUCUAAGAUUGAUUCUAAGUAUAGGAUUGGAAGGUUCGGCCGAGGAAAGAGGCUGGCUGCCGGGCAGUCCUGGUACUGCACGAGGAGAUGCAAACAAUGCGGCUUGCAUAUGCACCGGACCUGGAGCAAGAUAGCCUUGCCCACCGAAAGUCAUGGCACGCAGACGGAGGACAAUACAAGGGUCGUGGCGUCCGGGUCGGAUGUGGCCACGCAGACGGAAAAGGAGCGGGGACGCUGGAAGCUGAGACGCAGCUAGUUCUGGAGAUCCAACUUACCCAAUCAGCCAGGUCAUUACCGAUGUUCUCACCCAUGUGGCACUCAUAUUGAUCAACUUAUGCUGUCUCUGUUGGCACUGUUUGCAUGUGAAGUAAAUGCAUGUAAUGUAACAAAUCACAAA